CUUCUUCUUCUUCUUCUUCUACUCUCUUAAAAAACCUUCAAUUCCAUCUUCUCUCUCUCUGGGUCUGUGAGUCAACACAAAUCUAGAUCAAAGUUUGAAUUUUUGAACUUUUCUUUAUUAUUGGCUUCUCAAAAUAAAUAAAUAACGCUUUUUUAAUUUAUUAUAAACUUGGUUCUGCAUCUGUGUUUCCCCCUUUGUGUUCUGUUUUUCUUUUCUCAACAUAAUCGAAUUCAAAACAGAGCAAAGUUUGUAAUUUUCCUGGAAAAGUUUCGUUUUUUCCGGUUUCUUGAUUCGUAUAAAGAACAGGGUAUCUCUCAGAAUCUGUGGAUUCAUUGUUUUUUUUCCUCCCGGAGAAGUCUCGUUACCUUUGGCUAUAAUGGGGGCGGUGACGUCAUCAAUGGCGGCGAAGUUCGCGUUCUUCCCGCCAAAUCCGCCGUCGUAUGGCGUAGAGGUUGUAGGAGGGGAGCUGAAGCUGAUUGGUGUAGAGAACGUGAAGGAGAACGUUGAAGUAUUGAAGCUGAAAACGAAGAGAGGAAAUCAGGUGGUUGCGGCGUAUAUUAAGAACCCUACAGCCUCACUUACGCUGUUGUAUUCUCAUGGUAACGCAGCCGAUCUUGGUCAGAUGUUUGAGCUUUUCUCUGAGCUCAGCCUUCAUCUUCGUGUCAACUUAAUUGGGUAUGAUUAUUCAGGUUAUGGGAGGUCUUCAGGGAAGCCUAGUGAACAGAACACGUAUUGCGAUAUAGAAGCGGUAUAUAGAUGUUUGGAGGAGAAAUAUGGUGUGAAGGAACAAGACGUUAUCUUAUAUGGACAAUCUGUAGGAAGCGGUCCGACUUUAGAAUUAGCUUCUCGGUUACCAAACCUACGAGCUGUUGUUCUUCAUAGUGCUAUUGCAUCCGGUCUUAGAGUCAUGUACCCUGUCAAACGAACUUACUGGUUUGACAUUUACAAGAAUAUCGAGAAGAUAUCUUUUGUCAAAUGUCCGGUUUUGGUAAUUCACGGAACAUCAGAUGAUGUUGUUAAUUGGUCUCAUGGGAAGCAAUUGUUUGAUCUGUGUAAAGAAAAAUAUGAACCACUCUGGAUCAAAGGAGGAAACCACUGUGACUUAGAGCUAUACCCGCAAUACAUAAAACAUCUAAGGAAAUUUGUGUCGGCAAUUGAAAAAUCACCUCAUCUUAGAAACGGACCAGUGCCACCAACUGAGAAGGCGAGGAGCAGUACGGAUAUUAGAGAACCUGCAAGACCAAGCACAGAUCAAAGAGAGAAAUCAAGAACAAGUAUGGAUCAAAGAGAAAUGCCAAAGCUGAGUACAGAUAAAGCGAGGCCUAGUGUUGACAAGAGAGAGAGAACGAGAAAAAGUGUUGACGGGUCUCAGAAACCGAGUAAUUCCGCAGAACAGCAACUACUACAACCAGAGAAAGGGAGGAAUAGCAUUGACAGGUUUGGGGAGAUGAUAAGAUCAGUAGGAUUUUGCAACAUAGACUGUUUCAAGCCUACAACAACAGCUAAGUGAGGUGAGAGAAGAAACAUGAAACACACAUAGACACUCACUCAAAUAUGGAUUCAAAACAUCUAAUUAUAAUUGUUUGUUAUCUCUUUCCACUUACUUCGUCUUGUGUUUUGGAAUUUAACAAGUCCUGCUGAAUUCAAAAGCUUGAUUUUGUUAUCAUGAA